UCAAUGUCACUAUAAAAAUCAUUUUAGCAGCUUCAUACGCCCAACUUCUUUUAAGAUACACAUCUAUGUGGAAUGCUUCAACUUAUUUAAUAUAGGAGACUCCCUGCUAUGUGGAUAUUUGUUAGCAAUGACUGAUGUGGAAACUACAUAUGCAGAUUUCAUUGCUUCAGGAAGAACAGGUAGAAGAAAUGCAAUACAUGAUAUCCUGGUUUCCUCUGCAAGUGGCAACAGCAAUGAAUUAGCCUUGAAAUUAGCAGGUCUUGAUAUCAACAAGACAGAAGGUGAAGAAGAUGCACAACGAACUUCUACAGAACAAAGUGGGGAAGCCCAGGGGGAAGCAGCAAAAUCUGAAAGCUAACACCCCACUUUGAUAACUUCAGCAACAUCUGACAAUGUCUCAAAUCUCCAGGCCUGGCUGGAAUGAAUUUGUUUCCAAGAGUGAAAAGGGGGUGGGAAAAAUAGCUGUCCUGCAUUGUAGGAAUCUGCUCAUUAUCAUGUUAAAAAUGGGGGCAGAGGCUGUGGCUGCAGACAGACUUUUCUCUACCUCUGUCAUUAGCAAUGGUUGAAAUCAUGUGACUUGUGUUUGGAUGUCAUUUUUAUAUGGAUCCUUUCACUUGACCAUAUGAUAAAAUGCUUGUAGAGAGUAGCACUGACCUAGAUGAUUCUUCCUGUAGCAUCUGGCCCCUCACAAUGUCAGAGGAUUUAAUUGUGUCUAAUUGCAAAGGGUUGGUUGAACCCCAGAGUUUAAAUAUCUCUGGUCUAAGUAUUCACCCAGUAAAAGAACCAUCCAGAAAGCACUGUUUUUAGCAUUAUGUAUCUGUGUGUUCCUGCUGUGUUAUUUACACUGUUUUGUAUUGUACAAAAUAGACGCUCAGCACUGCCCCCUUCUUUGAUCGCUUAUGAGAAACAAAAAUAAUGUAUGUGACUGUGAAUUUUUAUACCACUCAUUUUUAAAAGGGCUGCCUUUUUCCUUCUCCACAGUGUGGUGUGGUGUACACAGGAUAGAUCACACUUUUUUUUAACUUAACCUUUCCCCUUGAUUCACUGUUGAUGAAUUAAGUCUAACUAAUUCAUCAAGACUUUUUUGCUUUAUUAUAGAGGCACUUGAAAAUAUCCGCUAAUGUGAAUUUUACUUGAAAUUCAGUCUGUUUGGUGUCUGCACAGACCAGAAUUCAAUAUGCAAAUUUUGUUUUAUUUUCAAUUGGAGAACUUUCCCCAAUUAAUAUAUUUUUUAAAAUUUUUAAUUAUGAGGAUUUUGGAGAAUCAGGAUGGUGGGAAAGAUAAGAUAACAUUAAGAACAGGAAACAUUUUGUUCUUAUGGAAUCAAAUUACUCAGUGCUGUAUGCUACUAUUUAAAUUUAGAGGACAGCUUAUCUGGAUGGAGCUGUAACAGAUGGAAAAAAUUAUCUUGCAAUCAUGUGGACACCAAUCACAAAAGUAAAGCCCUUGCAUUGUGUUUUUUCAUGUCUUUUUUCAGCCCUAUCAGAUACAAAUGUUAUUAUGCACUUUUUAAUGUUUGUAAACUUUUACUAAUAAUUAGUGUGAAUUGCAUUCUGAUACAAUAAUAAUUAUCAUUAGAAGCUAACAAAAUCCUCAUUAAUACUGUUGAUAGCCUCUGCUGUGUUUUGACAUCUCAUGAUUCUUAUAUGGAAAGUUUCUGUGAGCUGUGUAAUCCCACUGGUCAGUAUUAUAAAAUCAUUUAUCAGUAGUAAUAAAUAAGGAACCGGUAAUAUGCCAAUGGCUCAUGGGUUACUGGACAAAUAGCAGAUAACAGGAAGACCCUUUACAAUAAAGGACCCACUUAAAUUAUCCUCAAGGUCUUAGAUACAGUCCCAUUUGAGGUAGGUUAAGCAGCAUUUCCACAGAUAAUCUCCAUGGAUAUAUGGGGAACUCAGCCCUAAGAAAGGUCAAUCUUCCCUCAUCCCCCCUUACAAUACUUUCCAAAUGAGUAGGAUAAGGGCAAGGGUAUCAUUCAGUCCUCAAUCAUACGUUACUAGAAAAAAUGUUAAUAAUGUAAGUCUCUCAGAAAAUAGUAAAUAUUAGAGUACUUCAUUCUAACCAGUUAGGGUCCCAAAUGCCCUAUUAAAAUUCAAAGAAACCCACCUAUUAAUAGACUCACAAGUGGGAAGAGAGGUUCCUGAGGCUUUUUUAGACAAUCUCUGGUAGUCCAUUUAAAAUAUCUAACCCAUAAAAUCACUUUUUCAGUAUCCUCAUUUGCUAUCCUCAUAGCUUUCUUGUGAAUCUAGGUAAAGUUCUCUCCAUCCUUAAAGUUGUGGAAUUCCAAACUGGUUACGUGAUUUUGUAAAGUUUAGGACUAGUGCUGAGUGUAUGUGGAGAGUUUAUAUUCCUAUGUGAUAUAUUAUUAUUAAUGCAUGUGGUGUCAUGCUUGUCUUUGAAUAUAUAAUAGUGCUAAAUUGCAAAGUCAUAUGGAGCUUUUGAAUUAUUUUGACCUCUUACUGCUACUUUGUCUGCUAUAUUCAAACCCAGAGGCAUUCCCAAGCUAGAAGAUAAAAAUCUACUUUCCAAAAUGUCGACAUCCUACAAUGUUGCUCAGCAAAAGUUCACAGUGUCUUCCAAAUUGUAUUGUCAUAUCUUUUACUUGCAAGUCAAUAAUGUACAUGGAAUUGAAUUUUUAAGGACAAAAGGAAAAGGUAGAAAACUAAGGCGUUAGGUUUGAGACUGUGCAUUGAAUGCCCACUAACCAAUAACUUAUGCUAAUCACUUCCCAGCACAUUUUCUCCCAUUUAAUAGUUCCUCCUCAGAGAAUUUGAUUAAAGAGGUAGUGUUAUCCCAUUUCACAGAUUAAGAAAUUAAGGCUCAAUAAGGUAUAACUUUUCCAAGUUUAAAAAGCUAAUAAAUGUUGAAAUUAAGAUUUGAA